UUGUAUCGUAGGACGUAGGCUUCCUUUCGUUACGGAAAAUAUUUUCGAGUUUUAGUAAUGUUCACUUUUCUUUUUUCUCAUGUAAUUUUAGUCUAAUUUAUUUAGCGGACUCGUGAGUGAUUAAUCGACAAACAACGAAGAAUAUUCUUGUGAUAAUGCCUCGAUGUGUGUACACAAACCUCAGUCUAUCUUGUGAUGACGCGAAAAUAGCCUGAGAUGAUUCUGACAUUUCUCUGAGUUAACUGUGGUAUUUCCGUGACAGGGGUACUUUCCCUAACACUGUCGUGUACUCGGCCAGAAGGUUAGUAAAAUGAACCGAGAUAAAAAUAAUAGAUCUUUCAUGGAAAGAUCAGGUGACGAUGAUGCAGAUGAUUCCGACGAUGCUUCGAAUACAGUACGGAAAAAAGCAUCUGCUUGUUGCGUUAAUACAUGUUCCUCGGACGCGAAUAUCAAUAACCACUCGGAAAAUUUGGAAUUAAAUGUUUGUUCGGGUGAGACAGGAACGGGAAAUAGCAGUAACAAUCCUCAUACUGCGGAGAACAAGCAUUACCCCACUAAUAAAAUUAUUGAGGUGAGUAAGUCAAGUAACAAUGAAACAUGCCCUGUUGCUUCAUGCGUUUUCUUCCCAAAUCUGGUUGACACUCCCCCACCUAAAAAAGAACGAAUUGAAGCACCUACAGAAGAAAAUGCACUACUUCGUCGCUCUCAUGAUGCAGCCCACAAAAAAGCUGAGUCCAUGGAAUUCUUCAGUUCACUUGUGGCCAAUUUGAACCUCAGGCGAAGAAAUUUUCCCUCUCAAGAAUCAAGAAUCGGAAUAAAUUAUUUUCCCUCAGAGUUGAGUGAAAGGAUAGAAAACGAAAUUGAAGAUGACACAUCAGAUGGUGAUGGUGUGUCGAUGCUUUCACGACCGGUGAGAUUUUCCCGCUCGAGGACCUCAUUACUGUCGCAGAAGUUUGCAGCUAUCGCUCCAAGGCCAUGUUCACGUCUGGAAAUUAUUUUUGAAAAAUCUCAGAGACUGCAGAAUGAAGAAAUUGUGGAUAAUCUCUUAUCCUCACUUGACAUUCUUUUACCCUCAUGUAAACCUGAAAUUUCUGAAGAAAAUGAUAACUCCCUUAAAGUUAUAAUCGACUCCAAUAAAAAAAUAAAUGACCAUACUAAAUGGAAUCCUAGUCAAAUAAAAGAAGAUAAAAAAGUAGAUGUUUCACAAUGUGAUAGUGCUGUAAAACAGGCGCCAAUGUAUCCGGGAGGAGGCGGAAAUAAAAUGCAAGGAACUUAUCGGUUUCCCACUGGUGACUCUAACUCUGGCGCUGGCUCUCAGCCUAACUACUCCUCAAACAUGAAUAAUUCUGGUCCUGGAUUUAGAGGUCCACGACCUGGUUUUUCUAGUUUACUGAGCAAUGUUUCUUCAGUUGAUUUGUCUCCAUUCCGAGGUGGUGCUCCAAUAAGGUUUCGACUUGGGACGACCCCCCGCAUGAAUCCGAAGAAGGUGCAAGAUAAAGUGCCAUCAGCGGCUUCUCAAGCCUCUUCCUCUCCUCAGUCAGAUUCUCCUACAAAAGAAGAUGAAGAUGUCGACCUGUACAGUGAUAUUGAACAUGAUCCACAUGAAGAUGUUGAUGAAGAUAAAAAUUUUGGGACGUUGGAGCCUCCUCCCGAGCCACCAGCCCUGCUAAUGGGACUUGGUGAUGAAGGCACGGAUGAGGAAGAAGCUCUAGUUAUUGAUGAUAAAGGAGCAGAUGUAUAUGAUCCUGCCGAGCCUUGUGAUGACUCCAAUGAUGCCUCUGAUUCAAGGAACGAUGAACCUGUCGAAGCCAUGAAUUUAACGAAGCCGUCAAGUGGAUACUUACAUUCUCCAACAUACAAUGAUAUCGUCGCGCAACAUGAUGACAAAAUCGGAAACGGAUCAUCUUAUGAUGGUGUGCCGAAGAUGAUGGAACCUCCUCCUAUUCCGGAUGCGCUCAAAAUCAUGGAGCCUCCUCCAUUUCCUUCUGAAUUAUUGUCCAAAGAAAUUCAGGGAGAUGAUGAUGAAGAAUGUCCCAACUUUUCUCUCUACUCGUCAGCUUCAAUGAAUCUGGUCAAAAAAUCCUCCUCUGUCCUGGAUAUUCCAAUUCCUGCCCAAUCCAAUCUGGACAUCCCAAUUCCUACUCAACCCAACUUGGACAUACCGAUGCCUGGUCCGCCAAAUUUGGAUAUUCCCGUACCUGGCUCACCCACAGUUGCAAAUAUUCCUGUCCCUAAUAGUGGUUCUAAAACUGAGAAAAGCACAAAGGAAAAGAAAAAGAAGAAGAAGAAGAAACCACUCAUGUAUUCAGUACCCACUCUGGAAGAAACCAUACUUAAAGAAAGGCUUGGUAAUUACUCAUCGGAGGAUAAUACUGACAGUGAUGAUUCAGAAGAAAAGGUGAAAAUUAUAAUACCCAAGAGGAAGAAAAAAGCCUCAAAGAAAUCCAAAAAGAAACUUGCAGAGGCAGAGAAGGUAGACGAGAUGAAUGAUGAUGCUUUUGAAAAUGUAAAUGGUGAAAAGAAACCUGAGGAAAAAGAAGAAGAAGAAAAGGAAAACGAGGAGGAAAAAAUAGUAGAAGUAAAUGUUGAAUUAGAUGAUAAUGAUGAGCAAAGUAAUUUUGAUGACGUUUCAGAAAGUAAGGCUCCUGAAAAAGAAGGAGGUGAUGAAACUGAGGGUGACACACAAGAUGAAGUCGAAAGUAAAAUUGUGUCUGAAUCUUCCAUGGACUCUAUAAGACCCCAAGUUGAUGAACAAACUAUAGAUGAUAACCAAGAGACAGUUUCAUCGCUCGACAAUUCUGAUGUUUCCAAACUGCCCGAUGAUAAGAGUGAUUCAAGCAAAAUGGCAAUUUUAAGUAAUGAAGGUAAAGAGAAACUAUAUGAUGGUGAAGAUGAAUCGAGUAUUCAAGGUGACAUAUUAGAUAUUGAAGCUGAGGCCAAUUUGCAAGAUGCCACUUCUAUUCCUGAUGAACAGGAUGACAUUAAGAGCUCUACUCCUAGUAAAAGCAACGCACAAAAAUCCGAUGGCCUAGUUGACAUCACCGAUGAAGAAAUGAGUGAGUAUGAUCAUUCGAGAGAAGAACCUUCCAACAAAUUAGACAGUCUAAAUACCGAAGCGAUUUCUGAAGAUGAAGCAAGUAUUGUGGAUGGGAAUAAAGAGUCGGAACAGUCAUGUCCAACUCUACCUGGACUGGAGGGAUUGCAAACAGAUCCAAUUUCAGAUUCAGAUGGCAAUGCAUUUGAUGAAUCAAAUUAUUCUGCAGAUAAGGAGUCUGAAUAUGAUGGAGGAAAGAGAAGGAAGAAGAAAAAGAAGGUACAGAAAGAAAAAGAACAAAGUGCAAGUGAAAAUGAAGACGCGAAUGUUUCUAAAUCUAAAGAAAAGAGGAAUUCGGCUGAUUUCGAAGAAGGUGAAAUCGUUGAUGACAAGCCCAAGUCCUCCUCUAAAAAAGAUAAAAAGAAGAAAGCUAAAGAUAAAGAAGCAAAAGAAAAUCUCGAUAGAUCAAAAAGUGAUCAUGAAAAAGAUAAGGAGAAAGAUAAAAAGCAAAAGAAAUCCAAAGAUGGAAAAUCUAAAGAUAAAGACUCGGUGCUACAGAGCUCUGAAAAUAAGAGCUCCGAGGAAAAUAAAGAGGGGAGUCCAUCUCAGUCAGCAGCAGAUGUUAAUUGGAAGAAAUUAUCCAAAAGUACGAAGGACAGGAAUUACAGAGAUGGCAAAGGAAAACCCACUAAUGACAAAGGAAGGAAAUCCCCAGAACGCUCAACUCCGAAAGAGAGAGAAAAGAAAAAAGAAAAGCGAAAAGAGUUGGAACGCUACAAUGUGCGCAAAGUCCUCGGCGAAAAAGUAAGACUUAUAGGGAAAGAUGACUUCGGACGAGACCUUUCCUUAAACCGAUCAAUGUCUCGGUCCAGAUCUCGCAGCCGCAAUCGAAAAGGAAAAGGUAAAUCUAGGAGUACCAGCCGUUCACCCUACCGGUCACCUGUAAGAUCCAGAGCUGCCCGCUCCAGAUCAAGAUCUAGGUCUAGAAGCAGAUCUAGAAGGCGAUUAGGAAGGAAACGUAGUCGUUCCAAGAACCGAACGUUAAGGAGGUCGUAUGAUCGAAGUCGUAGCAAAUCCAGAGGUCGGAGCAGAGAUAGAUUGAGGAAAAAGAGAGCCAGCUCUAGAGAUAGAUUACGACGUAGUUUAUCUAAAGGUAGAGUUUCCAGGAAGAAGAAGAAGUCAGUCGAGAGAAGGCGGAAUAGAAGCUAUUCUCCAGAGUAUAGCCCCGCAAGGAAACGAAGAUCUAAUUCCCGGUACUCCUUCUCACCUUCAUGGUCAUCUUAUUCUUACUCUCCAUCUCCUGGAUAUUCGAGGUCUUACUCUCUCUCUCCUUCACCGUCGUGGUCGCCUGAAAAUAGAGCUCUUGUCUAUAACAGGGAAAAGAACCGACCCCCAAAGAACAUCACUGUUAUUGUUCCCAAUGAGGAUGCCAAUGCCAAGAAGAAAGGCAAGAAACGCCUGAGCAAAAAGAAUAAAGAGAAUGAGAAAAGGAGGAAGAAGCGAGAUCGCUCUCCAGCUCCGUCCAAGGAAGUAUUCACAUCCGGUGAUAAUAUUCUUGUAAGUGUCAAUUUCUCAAACAAUAAAAAUGAUGGAACAAUGGGAUCUUUGCUCCAUACCAACGAAUAUUCAACAGCCAGGAGGAGAUCAGUCGAGGCUGAACCUCCCGCCAAAAAAUCCAAAGAAACCAAAAACAAAGAGAAGAAGUCAAAGAACUCGACACCAAAGAAAAGCAGAUCUGCUCGAGCAGUGGCAGUCAAUGAAGCAGCAAAAAAUGCCAAGCCUAUUGCUGUUAUAGAUUUGAACAUGUCACCGUUCAGAGAAGAAACUCCUUCACCGAAAGAAGUCAUUGUAGUUACAGAUAGUGACCUAGAAGCUGAACAAAUUGAAAAAGAAGCACCCACGUCUAAUCGAAAAGUAUCACGUAAAAGUGGGAGCGGCAGAGAAAGAGAUAGGGAUCGUGACCGUGAUCGUGAUCGCGACCGUGAUCGAAACAGAGAUCGAGAUCUUGGUCCUCCAACAUCUGUCUCUCAGCCGGAAUCACCUAUUAAUGACUUCAUGAACACAAGUGCAGGAGGCCCCAAAACGCCACCGGAACCUAGAGUUGCUUUCUCUAUUUCAUCGAAGCAACCUCAAAUGAGAACCAUGAUUAAUCCGCUCAUGGAUGGUGAUGAGGAAGAGGAACAAAUGGAGGAAGCAAACAACGAAGCAGAAAUGAACGAAAUCUUCUCAAAAGGUCCUAAUACACCUCCGGAACCACCUCCAGAUACCAAUACGCCUGCAUCACCUCCAACAACACCUUAUGAUCCAUUCGAUCCAACCAAGUCUCGUUCCCCCAGUCCAGAAUUAGGCGAACAGACAUCCACGCCUGUCAAUCUUCGAGACGGGAACAAAGCCCACGAUACUCUGUCUCCUAAUGUCCUAGAAUCCAAUGAUUUAGAUUCUAGGAACAAAACAUCGCCCCAAGUCCCAGAUGAAAACAAGAAGACACCGGAUAAUCUUCGCUCUCUACAAAAAGAUACUAUUCCCAUUUUAGAAUCUCCGAAGCAAUCAUCUCCCAAUGUCAGUGGCGUCAAUGAUUCAAAUGAUGGAGUCGUGAUGAAAAUAUUGGGUCAAGCUAAAAUAGAUUUAACUACUUAUAAAUCACCAGAACCUAUUGCGGGAACUCCAAGAAGUACUCAAUUGACUCCAAAGCCGAUAACACCAUCCAAACAGAGUAUCUUAAGUGUCUCUCGAGCUCCUGCUCCUGCUAGUGCCAAUAAAAUUCCCGUCUACACUCCUUCUAUAACUUUGAAUGGUGAGAAAAUGGAUGAAGCUCCAAUGGAUAUUUCAGGGGAUUCCCCAUAUUCUCCUGAACCAUUUGAAGCCGAGGAUCUCUUUGAGCCUCCUCCAAUAUCACCUCCAAGAACUGCCAAUAAGUUGCCCAUGCCUCCAAUCAUCAGAUCAUCUCUCACUAAAGCUAACAAGAGUAAAUUUGAUGCCCUUUUUGGCUCUUUAACACGGAAAACCAACACCAAACAGUUGAAGCCCGUCCCGUACACACCCAAGCCUAUCAUCCCAUCGAUCAAAGGAACUAAAGCUCAAAAACAAAUGAAAGGAAGUAAGAAAGAGGUUGGUGUGAAAAUGGACGAAGAUCAGUUGAAAAUAUUGGAUGAUCUCCCAAGCUCAGCAGUGGAAAUGCAGGUUAAAGAUAAGUAUCUUAAGAAAUUGAAUCGUCAAGAACGAGUGGUUGAAGAAGUAAAAUUAGUACUGAAACCUCACUAUGCCAAGAAACACAUAGCAAAAGAGGAUUACAAAGAAAUUCUUCGACGCGCCGUACCUAAGAUUUGUCACAAUAGAUCAGGAGAAAUCAACCCACAAAAAAUUCAAAUGCUGAUCGAAGCUUAUGUUAGGAAGUUCCAAGCCAAAACUUCCAAGAAAAAAGGAGGUGCAGAAACAACCACCAAUAACACCAGCAAUCUUAGCAAAAGAUCAAAAGCCACCAGAAGUUGAUACUGAUGGGACUUGAAUAAAGGCUGUUGAUUUUAUUUUGAAGAAUGAUUCAAAAGUCAAGUUUCUUAAGAACAUAGGAUUUUCUAAAAUCUUCUAAAUGAUUUUUAUUAAUUUAUUUGAAUUUUUUUUUCUAGAAUGACUUAUCUUUAAAUUAAUGUCAUUUUUAAUGAAUGUCAAAGCAAAUGAGCUAUUUUGUUGUAAUAAAACAUUAGACGGUUUAAGAUGAUGUAUUUUAGUGCAUGUAAUAAGACUAUUUUAACUAAUGUGAUAUUUAGUCCAGAUUGGCAAAAAGUCUACGAAAGUUUGUCUCUGGUUUUGCAAUCACACUACAAUUAAUUAUGAUUUUGAGAAUCGACUAAUCAAGUAGGUCAAUUUCCCAUUCUUUUUUGCCCCCCUUCUCUUCAAAUAAUUUUGGAGUCAGCUCACUCCUUGUAAAUGUAUAGUUCUUUUAAUUUAGUCAUUAUUUUAUUCUGUAAAAUAUUGUAAUUUUGAUUCAUGUGUUUUCUAAAUUCUUUGUAAAUAAAGGAAAGGAAAAAACUAGACUGCAUUUAUUACUGUCUAAAAAGAGUUAAAGAAAAUGAUGAAAGGGUGAGUGUGAAGAAACUUCUAGUGGGGAUUUUUAAUUAAUCUGAAUGAAAACACAAAUUGGAGAAAGAUUAAUUACUGUAGGGCCCUAAUUUUUUUAUUUUCGUUUUUUGUACAAAGGCAAUCAUUUUGUUUACGCAGUCCAAUGUUUCUGAUGAAUUUUUAUUGUUUGACCUUUUUUUUUUAAUUUAUUUUUUAUUUAGUUUCCCAAAUCCCUGUGAAAAGGGCUCAAACAAAGUGAGCAGUAAAAAAUGUAUGCUUGCUCGGCUGUAUUUCUGAAUCAUACGACAACGCAUGUAAAGUUUUCAUAAGUUUUUGCCAUUUUAACUUACCAAUCAUCUAGAUGAUCAUUGUUGUCAUUUUUACAUCAGGGAUGGUCAGCGUGUUGAUUAUGGAAUCACAUUGCCCUUUCAGUAAGUGACCUAGAUCUAUGCCCUUUCUCAAAACGCUUUUUAUCGAUUGGGAUCACUAGAUAAACUGAUGAUUGAGGUUCAAUAAUCAGCUCACUAGUGAGAAAAUACUAAGCAUUGUACUUGAUUCUAUUUUUUCCCAAGAGUCCUUUAUCUCUCACAGAAGUUCCCUAAGUAAUCUUCCCACAUCUGUAAUGUUGCUCAAUAAUCUCAAUGUAGUAGCAUGUAAUUUUCUGCUGCACUUGAACCGUUCUCCUAGAACUCGUCUCAGAUAAAUCAGUAGGUGUUUACUUUUUACUGUCAUGCACGGUAGACGGAUUUAUGUUUCUGCACACUGUGGCAGGCCUGCGCCUGGCCUGGUAGCCUGCGGUCAAUCCUUGCUGGGUAUCAGAUGAUGGCAGUGCAGUCGCUCGCAAGCAGGAAGUAAACUCCUGCUAACUCAUUCUGGGCGAGUUCUAUCUGAGCAUGUUCCUGUUGUGGAAAUUCUCAAAUAAUGUUAUGAUAGUAAAAUUUAACAGUCAAAAUAUUAAUGAAGUUUCCAUUCUUGUCCUCUCAUUACUAUGUAGGGAAAAGAAAAUGUUGGGGUAGUGUUUUACAGUAUGCCGCCCAAAGCAAGGACAUUGUUCCAUGUUCUUUGUUCCAUAUUUUACUUUUUUCUCUCUCUCUUAGAAGAAGAAAGAAAAAGAAAAUGUGCUACUUUGAAACUUCCUGGUCAUCUACAUCAUUUAUUUUUUCAGUAUGAAUUCUUAAUGAUGUCAUUCUGAAAGAAUGAAAAACUACAGGUUAGUUCUCUUGCUAUUAAACAUUUUUUCGGAGAAAAACUUGAUGAAUAUCAAAGAGUUGACGUGUUCUUGCUCUGGGUGGUAAAACAAUGAAAGUGAACUUCUGUUGUUUUCUGAUAAGUGUUACAAAAUAACUGAAUUAUACCCUCUCUGGUCUCAGAACAUUGAUAAGCAGGUCUAAUAUCAGUUGAAAUGUACUAGAGCUGGAGUGUGCUUAAUUUCUCACACAAGCAAUGAGCUCACUUUUACUCAACUUAUCACCAAAUUUGUUUUUUUUUUUUUUAUAUAUCUUAGUUGUUCAUGAAAAGUCAUCACAAUUUUUAUGAUUUUAACAUUUCUUCUCUUUGAAGCUAAAUUUGUCCUCUUUUCAACAAAACCCCGAUAGGGACUGUGCAAUAUGAUCAAUAUUCAUCAAAAUUAUUCCCUUAUCAAUUUUAAUUAACUUUACUGGUUUCAUUUAACAGUAAAACACUUGAUCAGUAUUAAGAAUGUUGUAGCUCUACCAUUUUAAGUUUCUCACAGCAGAGUGAGUCAAAUGCAAGCUAUUAUCUUGAAUCAUAGGUGUGUUCAUGCUUUUGCAUGUUUUCUGAUUCCUUUUUUAUUUAUCUUUAUUGUUUUGUGUUUUUGUUUCUAAUGAGUUAAUCAAGAACUAAUCUGUGGUUCUAAAUGUGUAUCAGUUCUCUCUUGAGUCAUGGAUUGCCAGAAGAAACUGGUUAAAUCCAACAUUUAAUUGAUUAUUUCUGUUUAUUUUAUGAAAGCACACAUCCUUGUGAUUAGAUUCUUCAUUUUAUGUCUUACGAGGAAAAUAAAAUUAAGUUAUCUGUA